AUGGAUGCUGAUGCACUAGCUGCACAGAUCCUUUCUUUACUUCCAUUAAAGUUUUUCCCAAUCAUCGUCAUUGGAAUUAUUGCACUGAUCAUAGCAGUGGCCAUUGGUCUGGGCAUACACUUCAAUUGCUCUGGGAAAUACAGGUGCAGAUCAUCUUUUCAGUGUAUUGAACUGACAGAAAGGUGUGAUGGUGUAUAUAACUGUAAAGAUGGAGAGGAUGAAUACAGAUGUGUCCGUGUGAGUGGCCGUAAUGCAGUGCUUCAGGUGUUUGUUGCUGCUGCGUGGAGAACUAUGUGUUCGGAUGACUGGAAAGGUCAAUAUGGACUUAUAGCCUGUGAACAAUUAGGUUUCUCAAGCUAUGUAAGUUCACGCAGCAUGAGGAUAGACAUAGUUGAGGAGGAGUUGCAAGAGGAAUUUGUUUCUAUCAAUCACCUUAUACCAGAAAAUAAAGUGACCUCUUUACACCAUGCAGUAUAUGUAAGGGAGAAAUGCUCUUCUGGACGUGUAAUCAUCUUAAAGUGUGUGACUUGUGGUGUGAGGAUAGGCUAUAGCCCACGUAUAGUUGGGGGAAACAUGUCAUCCCUUAUGCAAUGGCCCUGGCAAGUUAGUCUCCAGUUCCAAGGAUAUCAUCUUUGUGGUGGAUCUCUCAUCACUCCUGUGUGGAUUGUCACUGCUGCACACUGUGUUUAUGACCUUUAUAUGCCCAGUUCGUGGACCAUACAAGUAGGCUUGGUGACCUUAAUAGAUACACCAGCUCCUUCUUAUUCAGUGGACAAAAUCAUAUACCACAGCAAGUAUAAGCCAAAGAGACUGGGAAAUGACAUUGCUCUAAUGAAACUAGCCAUACCUCUCACUUUUGAUGAUAUGAUUCAACCAAUAUGUCUGCCUAAUUCUGAAGAGGACUUUCCUGAUGGGAAAAUGUGCUGGACAUCAGGGUGGGGGGCCACAGAAGAGGGAGGAGAUGCCUCACCAGUCUUGAACCAUGCUGCAGUUCCUUUAAUUUCAAACAAAGUUUGCAAUCAUAAGGAUGUGUAUGGUGGAAUCAUUGCUCCUUCAAUGCUCUGUGCAGGCUAUUUAAAGGGUGGUGUGGACAGCUGUCAGGGUGAUAGUGGAGGACCUUUAGUUUGUGAAGAGAUGAAGAUCUGGAAGUUGGUGGGAGCUACAAGCUUUGGAAUUGGUUGUGCUGAUGUAAAUAAACCAGGAGUCUACACUCGUAUUACAUCUUUCCUGGACUGGAUACAUGAACAGAUGGAGAGGGAACUAAAAAUUUGAAGAUUUCAUGGAUGAGCAACAGGAUUAUUUUUCUCACCUUGAAUUCCCACUCUACAAAAGCUGUACUGUCCUACUGUGGACUGAUAUGUAAAACUUAGCUUCUUGUUAAGAUCAGAUCCCUUCAUUAUUUUCCUUGAUUAUUGUGUUCAUUUGUAAAGAACAUUUUGGGUAAUGACUGUAAUGCUUGGCACAGAAGAAGCACUUAAUACAUUUUUCUAUCCAUUACAAAUAGUAUGAACCACACAAAUGCACUGGUUUCUUGGGAAAAUGGAUAAAUUUACACAAAAAGUAAUCUUACAAUCAUUUGAAUGAAAUACUGUUUGGAAUUAAAGAGAAGUGUUAUUGUUAAUUAAAUACCUUUGCAUCAGAAACCAGAAAACUUAAAACUUUCUUCUUUCAAGAUCUAUUUACAUGUGAA